AUGAGGCUCCUACUCGCCCGUAUGCUCAGCCUCUGCGCGCUCUUCUGCCUCGCUUUCGGCAUCCAUAUAACCCCUAACGCCAACGGCUCGCUUCCACUCCGGGAAAGCUACGAUUACAUUGUUGUUGGCGCUGGGAUCGGCGGUCUCGUAGUCGCUAAUCGACUUUCUGAGAAUGAUUCAGUAUCUGUUUUGCUUGUAGAAGCCGGAGAGCUGGAUGAUCGCGCGGAAGAUAUUACGGUACCCGGAAACAUUGGACGCCGAAAUCCGUCUCAAUAUGCGUGGGCUGUGACGACGACACCGCAGGAAUUUCUCGAUAAUAAAACUCGAACAUUCAAUCAAGGACGUGUUGUUGGCGGCAGCACUAUUUUGAACGGCUUGGUUUGGACUCGAGGCGCAGCCGCGGACUACGAUGCCUGGAAGAACUUGGGCAAUCCUGGCUGGGGAUGGAUGGACUUGCUACCGUACUUCCUCAAGUCCGAAAACUACACGAUGCAUAGCAAUCCAUCAUUCUAUUCCAAGCCGGCACAAGGCAAGCACGGGAAACACGGACCAGUUCAGGUUGGGUUUCCACGUUAUAUCUAUGAACAAACCUAUAACUUUCUUAACGGUGUUCAAGAGCUUGGCAUCCCCCUGAACGCAGAUCUCAACAGCGGUUAUGCGACAGGCGCGGAUUUUGUCUCAGGCAGCAUCUUCAAGCUAAACCAGUCGAGAGCUGAUGCCCGCACAGCAUACCUAGAUCCCGUCAUUUCACGCCCUAAUCUCGAGCUACUGACCGGCUAUACAGUGACGAAAAUUCUGAAUGGAGUUGUUGGUAAUCAAACAUCGCGAAACUUGGCUCGGGGGCUGGGGACUAAGUGGGGGGAAGUCACUGUUGCUGGAGUCGAGAUCGCGGUGAAUUCGACCACACCAAAAUUCAGCAUAUCUUGCAAAAGGGAGGUCAUUCUAGCUGCAGGAGCCAUCCUAUCGCCCGUUCUACUCCAAAUCUCCGGGUUUGGGCCAGCCGAGCAUCUGAAAAAUAACCUCAAUGUGGAUGUCCUGGUACAUUUACCUGGAGUCGGGAGCAAUUUGCAAGAUCAUGCAAUGAUUCAGCCUGUAUAUAAUUACACGGCGCCGGGUAUUUUUUCCGUCCUAGACAUCGACGGUGACACUGAAGAUGCUGUUCGAGAAGAGUACCUUGCGAAUCGCACGGGGCCAUGGACCGCAACAAUGGUCAAUGCUGUGGCUUUUCCAGCGCUCGGGCAGAUACUCUCACAACGCCUUCACGUAAUUCUAAACAGUUCAGCCCGAGAUCUCCCUCCGUCGUAUGACGCCACAUUGCGCGCUGGCUAUGAAGCUCAGGAAACCGAGGAGAUUAUGGCAACAUCCUGGGGUCAACUGGCUGUAAGUGCAAUGCAUACGCUCUCCAGAGGAACAAUCCAUGCACGCUCGCGUUCGAUAUUUGAUAAUGAACCGCCGGUCAUCGACCUUCGGCUAUGCUCGCAUACCUUUGAUUGUGAAAUCCUGCGGAUGGGAGUUGAGUUCAACGACCGCCUUAUUGCUACUGAGCCUAUGAGUAGGCUGCUGCCGGUACCCCCAACGGGACUGAAGACCCAGGACCUAGAGAAUCGCAAUGCGCUGAUGGAGACAAUCAAGACUAUGGUACGCACGGAGUUUCACCCUUCUGGCACGGCGGCGAUGAUGCCACGGAGCGCUGGUGGCGUCGUUGAUACCAAUCUGAGGGUAUAUGGGACGACGAAUUUGAGGGUAGUAGAUGCGAGUAUCAUGCCGCUGAUUCCCGGCGGACACAUACAAGCCGCCAUUUACGCUGUUGCUGAGAAGGUACUGUCUCGCUGCGGAUAUCAUCAAGCUAGAGGAUCCCUUUCAGCCGCCCUCCUCUCCAUUUCACCAUUAGGGUGGUAUCAAAAGGUUGCUUUCUCGAAAGUCACCAGUGGUUGUGUCAGUACCAAGGAAUUCCGGAUCUUGUCAUGUCAUUACGAAGAUCUUCGAGACAGAAUGGCUUGUUACGAGCAUGACGGCGCAUGA